AUGGUCCCUCUGCCGUCCUACAAGGAGGCGACGGCCAAGCCAGAUUGGCUCCGUCUGGUGGCUCCCUACGUCCGGUUCGACGACUAUCGCUCGCUUUGCCUAGUGAAUCGCCGGUCCUGGCGCAUAUUUGCUCCUUGUCUAUGGGCGGACCUCCUUAGAGCAGUUCGUCGCGCCGGCUUGGACCCGGGUGAUGACUUGGCGUGGUGGUUCGAUUUUGUCUUCAACAAGCUCGAUCGCGUGGCUCCCGCGACGCGCUCGCUCGUUCGUGUCCUUGACGCGAGAGACUUUGCCAAGGACGCAUAUCACUUCGCAUCCGACGGCGGCGCUGGUUCGCUGGGCGAAAGCUUCGCUCGCGCGUUGGAGCUCCUCCCCAACGCCAACUCAAUCCUCCUGGAUGGUCAUGCCGAUUUGGAUGCUGCCUUUCUUGUGCACUCUCUGAGCGCCUCGCCACAACACAGACCACGUCUGCUUAGUGUAGCCGGUUGUCCGAAGCACCUGCCGGCAUCUUUCUUCACGUCAUCAUGCAUCCAGAAGCUGGUUUACCUUGAUGUAUCCGAGGUUCCGGGCUCGGUUCAACCGCUACUUCAGGCUGAAGUGCUGCCCAACUUGCGCGUCUUGAAGCUUCGGAGUCGCGAGAUUGAUGAUGCAACGCUCGAAGCUCUUCUAGCAAAGUUCCGGCUUAGACUUUGGAGUCUGGAUCUGGCUGGAAACAAACUCACGGACGCAACCAUCGAAAUGCUGGCCUCUUGGUCUCUCCCGCGCGGGGCGCUUCAGUCAGAUGGCCCAUUUCGGGUCCAAGGCAGCCUGCGCGCACUUGCACAUGGCACUCCUGGAUACGGCCAGUUUGUUACCAUCGACGAAUCCCAGUGGAGUGCCUCAUUCUCCCACCCAGAAAGGUACUUUGUCGAUGCACCCGUGUACGUUGCAGACGUUGGGCAGGAACAGCUCAGACCCGCAAGGCCUGACGGAGUCGUGCACGUACGCAGCGACUCGGCCGAAGCUUCUGCGCGAAUCCUCUCUAAAAAUGAAGCCGACUGGGAGGUGGAUGACUAUUGCCAAACUCGCGGCCUCACUCACAUUUCACUCUCUAAUACGAGGGUAUCGUCGUUUGGCAUUCAAAAGCUGCUGCGCGUCUCCUCAGGACAUCUGGAGGAGUUGGCUUGCUCCUUUAUGCCGCUGUUGCCCAUUGCUGCUCCCGUUUCCAAAUUCUGGCCCAAGUCCGCGAUGCUACACGGCAUACUUGGUUCGGCGCAUCUAUUCCGGCCCGCGUAUUCGUGCAGUCUUCGAAGCUUGAAGAUGCACCAUUCUCUUGUCACGAAUGUGCCUGCGUUGGAGAUUGACGGCUUUUCGGCGAUUGCGCGUGACUACUUGGCCGAAGCGGCCAUUCUCGAGCGAGUGGACCAGGCGUAUCCCCAGGUGUUCGUGCCAGACAUGAACCCAAGGCUGACGUCUCUGACAUUGACUGGCAUCCCUCGCCGCUCAUCUGGCCCUCUUGUACAGAGACUAAUCCGCUUUCUCGAACUGCUGUCCAGACAGGAACGCGCCAUCCAGGACGCGUCUGCUAUCGCGUCGCCGUGGCGUGGGCCCGGCCUGCUGCAGGGUCUGAGACACCUUGCUCUGGAGUUUGAACCCGACACGAUGGAUGACGGGUUCUCCGCGACGGAGGAUUUGGAUGCCGAGGAAUUGAUGGACGCUGGCGACACAGGCUUCAGCUUCUUCAAUGAAACGCCAACGGGGGAACGACGUCGCACAAGUACCGCCGUUGGGCCCCCCGUCGCCGAUGGGGUGCAUUCCGAAGCCGUGCCCGCAGGAACCCACCCCUCUGGGGCCGAACAGGACACCCGAAACUUUAUAAAAUAUGACGGGGAGUGGAAUGGAGAAGUUUUCUCUCUGCCAGUCUGGGUUGGUCCAACUCGAGGCGCCAACGAAGUUCUCGACGAGUACAGACGCCUCGUCAUGGGCGACGGCCUUCGCGACGGGGUCGGGCCAGCCACCCCAGGACAGAUACUCGCCGGCGCACCGGAAGGUUCCUUUGUCUUUCACGUAGCCUGGUGUGCCGCGGUGAUGCCGCGACAGUUGAGCCCCCCGGGGCGGGACGUUUUGGCUGGAAUGAAGGAUGUGCUGGCAGAACUAAGGACAUACCGCCUAGCCGGGCGAGCCAGUUACGCGAAGCUACAGCAGAGCGUUGGAACCGGCAUACCGGUUCCUCUGGGAGAGCCUCAUUUUUUCUGGACGGGCACGCUCAAGGUGUCGACAUCAGCGCCGCAGCCGAAUGUCCGUUCCACGAGAUACUGGCAAUGA